CUUGCCUUCACGCGUAGAACUGCAGAGACGCCAUCUUGCUUGUUUUGAAGUUAGUUGGCGAAGUAACUUAGCCAGCUAGUUAAUUAAAGCGAUUAUCUAGGAACUUUUAAACUCCGUAACAAACCAGGUUCUCGUGAGGUUCGCUACUCUGUGAGGAGGACUGGUCGAAGCUGAGAUGAACCAAUUUGAACAUCUGAAAGAUGACGACCCAGAGGAUCAGGAUGAGACAGUCUGUAACCAGGAGGAAGACGGCUCCAUCAACAACAACCGACGCAAGACGGUGAGUCCUGCAGUAGGGGAACAUCCUCUCCAGUAUAACUAUACCUUGUGGUAUUCUCGGAGGACUCCGUCCCGGCCCGCCAACACACAGAGUUAUGAACAGAACAUCAGACAGAUCGGCACGGUCGCAUCGGUGGAGCAGUUCUGGAAGUUCUACAGUCACCUGGUGCGACCGGGAGAUCUGACUGGCCACUCUGACUUCCACCUGUUUAAAGAGGGAAUCAAACCCAUGUGGGAGGAUGAAGCUAAUAAGAACGGUGGGAAGUGGAUCAUCAGGCUGCGGAAAGGUCUGGCCAGCAGGUUCUGGGAGAACAUUAUUCUGGCCAUGUUGGGAGAACAGUUCAUGGUGGGAGAGGAGAUCUGUGGGGUGGUGGUCUCUAUACGGUUCCAGGAGGACAUCUUGUCUAUAUGGAAUAAGACGGCCAGCGAUCAGGUGACGACAUCUAGAAUCCGAGACACUCUUCGGCGCGUCCUGAACCUCCCUCCCAACACCAUCAUGGAGUACAAGACACACAACGACAGCCUCAAGGAUAAUUCCAGCUUCCGCAACACAAAGAUCACCCUGUGAAGAGAGACUGAGGAGGAAGAGAGGCAAACCACCUGACCGUUUCUCCUGUUAUACUGUUUCCUCAUAAAUGAUAGAAUGUGACAGAGAGUCAUGUUAUUUCCUCUCUCUCGGCAUCUCUUUCUCUCUCGGCAUCUCUCUUUCUCUCUCGGGUCUCUCUUUCUCUCUCGGCAUCUCUCUUUCUCUCUCGGCAUCUCUCUUUCUCUCUCGGGUCUCUCUUUCUCUCUCGGCAUCUCUCUUUCUCUCUCGGGUCUCUCUUUCUCUCUCGGCAUCUCUCUUUCUCUCUCGGCGUCUCUCUUUCUCUCUCGGCAUCUCUCUUUCUCUCUCGGCAUCUCUCUUUCUCUCUCGGCAUCUCUCUUUCUCUCUCGGCAUCUCUCUUUCUCUCUCGGCGUCUCUCUUUCUCUCUCGGCGUCUCUCUUUCUCUCUCGGCGUCUCUCUUUCUCUCUCGGCGUCUCUCUUUCUCUCUCGGCGUCUCUCUUUCUCUCUCGGCGUCUCUCGGCGUCUCUCUCUUUCUCUCUCGGCGUCUCUCGGCGUCUCUCUCUUUCUCUCUCGGCGUCUCUCGGCUUCUCUCUUUCUCUCUCGGCAUCUCUCUCGGCUUCUCUCUCUGGCAUCUCUCUCUCUGGCUCUUUCUCUCCAGGGUUCACAAGGUGAUUGAGGUGCUUAAAAUACUUGAAUUAGCACUCUGAAAUGGAACACCUUGAAAAUCUGAUGUUUUCUCAAGUUGGUACUUGAAACGUACCUGAAUUAAAAUGAAAGGAGGACAGAAAAUGAUCAAAUAUGUUUAUGAAAAAGUAUUGGUCUUGAAUUGUACCCAGUUUUAUUUCCUCACGUUCCGUGCUCUGGUUGCCAGGCGAGGUCGCUCAUUCCACCCACUCAGCCAGGCAGGUCCAAAACUGACUGAUUAGGUUCCGCCCAAACAUCACAUCGAUAGCUAAAAGGCCAAGCAUGUAGAUUUAACCUGUUGUGGGUAUGGAACAUUUCUGGGAUCUUUUAUUUCAGCUCAUGAAACAUUCACAUGGGUGAUUCGACCCUGAAGAGCGACAUGAAGCGGCAAAGACAACUCUGCAUCCUGCGCCGGCGCCAGUUCGACGUUGUGACUUUUUCUCUGCAAUGACCUCCAGAGCAUUUUUACCAAUCGCGUCAUUCACCGGGGUCCUGCGACAUUCAAUUGAAUCAAGCGGCAGCCAGGCUCCUGGCGUUCUGUUGGCUGUUCACCCGAGCAGCGACACUAAAGCUGCCAGUCGGAAGCCAGAUGCUUUUUCGUAGAUAUUAAGAUUCCCAAAUGUGCAAUAAAAAUACAAUAGUCAUUAAUACUCAAAUGACAUCAUCAGUACUGAUGAUUCAUGCAUAUAAUAAAGCAACGCAUUGAGUAUAACUUGUAAGGUAGUGUAUAACUUUAACUUUAGUUUAGUUAGUUAACUUUAGUUUCCAUUAAGGUUGUGGCGAUAUACUGUCAUCUGGUGGCAACUAGAAACAAUUGCAUAAUCCCAUUUUAUUGGUCACAUACACAUGGUUAAUAUUACAAACUGAUGGUCCUUGAAAAGAAAUAGUCGUGCUUGAAAAGUACUUAAGUACUUAAAUUUGACUUGCCACUGUCUGUAUGAAUCCUGUCUCUCUCUUUUGCUACCUGUUUCUCUUCCUGCAUUUCUCUCUCUUCCUGCAUUUCUCUCUCCCUGCAUUUCUUUCUCUCCCUGCAUUUCUCUCUCUCCCUGCAUUUCUCUCUCUUCCUGCAUUUCUCUCUCUCCCUGCAUUUCUCUCUCUUCCUGCAUUUCUCUCUCUCCCUGCAUUUCUCUCUCUUCCUGCAUUUCUCUCUCUUCCUGCAUUUCUCUCUCUUCCUGCAUUUCUCUCUCUCCCUGCAUUUCUCUCUCUCCCUGCAUUUCUCUCUCCCUGCAUUUCUCUCUCUCCCUGCAUUUCUCUCUCUUCCUGCAUUUCUCUCUCUCCCUGCAUUUCUCUCUCUUCCUGCAUUUCUCUCUCUUCCUGCAUUUCUCUCUCUCCCUGCAUUUCUCUCUCUUCCUGCAUUUCUCUCUCUCCCUGCAUUUCUCUCUCUCCCUGCAUUUCUCUCUCUCACUGCAUUUCUCUCUCUUCCUGCAUUUCUCUCUCUCCCUGCAUUUCUCUCUCGCCCUGCAUUUCUCUCUCUUCCUGCAUUUCUCUCUCUUCUUGCAUUUCUCUCUCUCCCUGCAUUUCUCUCUCUUCCUGCAUUUCUCUCUCUCCCUGCAUUUCUCUCUCUUCCUGCAUUUCUCUCUCUCCCUGCAUUUCUCUCUCUCGCUUCCUCUCGCUGUAUUUCUCUCUCUCGCUGAAUUUCUCUCUCGCUGUCUCUCUUGCAUUUCUGAGAGUGUUUCACUGUGGAGAUGGAGUAGUGUGUUGCUAUGGAAACUAGUGUGAUACUAUGGAGACAUGAGCGUCCUCUUUUUGCGACUUGUCCCUGAGUUGCCACAACAGGCCAGUGGGACCAACUCUCUGUGUGUGUGUGUGAUGGUGUUAAUGUUCCCUAACCCUACAGAAAUAAAUGUGUUUUUAGUAUCCUG